AUAAAAGCGCUGCCCUCGCUCAGUGCUGGCAUCCGCCGCUCCUGCCUCGCUCUGCUCAGGAAAAGGGCUCAGCUCUCUCCAACAAAGAUGUCUUGCUACGACCUGUGCCCACCAAAAACCAGCGUCGCUGUCCCGCAGCCCAUUGCCGAGAGCUGCAACGAGCUGUGCGCCCGCCAGUGCCCCGACUCCACGGCCUUCAUCCAGCCGCCCCCCGUCGUCGUCACCUUCCCCGGCCCCAUCCUCAGCUCCUUCCCCCAGCAAGCCGUGGUGGGCUCCUCCGGAGCACCGGCCUUUGGGGGCUCCCUGGGGCUGGGGGGCCUCUACGGUGCCGGGGCCACGCAGGGCUCGGGGGGCCUCUGCACCUUUGGCAGACCCUACGCUUCUCCCGCCUGCAGCCCUUGUGUCUUGCCCCGCUACACCAGGAAGCUGUGGGACACCUGUGGGCCCUGCUAGACCCUGACCCAAAGCCCCUGGCACAGCCCUUGGGACACUCAGACUCACUCCUCACCCCUUUCUCCCCUCCUUACCCUCUCUCCAUGACCCUCCUCCUCCUCCUUACUCCCGACCAUGCCCAGAUGCGCACCAUCGUCCCACAGGCAUGUCUCUGCAAUGACCACCGCCUGCGAGAAGCCUGAAGGAGCACCUUACUCAAAGCCUGCAGGGACAACCUGCGUGCCUCCCUCGUACGUGGCUUUCUCCAGUGGCCGCUUUCCUGCACUGCAAUAAAAGAAGCCUGCAAUCCA